UCCACUCACGUCGCUCAUCAGAAAUUUUCAAAAUAUUAUUAUACAAAAUACCAAAAAUCUUCAACCGCCAUUUCGGUUUUUAAGCAGCUCUGGACUCUGGCCUAGCUAGCUAGCUCGCUCGCUUGCUCUUUCUGAGCCAGACUAUAUUUCGUCUUGCCUUCUCUGUAUAUUCAGGGGCAUAGAGGAUCGCCGGAAGAUUACUGGAAAUGUCGUCGGCGAUGAGAGGAAUAUUUAUCAGGACGGCGCGGGAUUUUGGUAAUAAUCAGAGCUUAUUGAAGAAGAAUUAUGUGGAUCAGAGUGAUCUUCUUUUUCGAGCAAACCGUUCGAUUUUGCGCUUUUCUAAUGAGUUCGCAAAUUCCAAGAGCAACAGAUUCUUCGACCAACCUUUACAAGGUAGAAUCCGAGCACAAGUUCUCACUCCGGUAUCGGACCCGACAGCACCGACGACCAAAAAGCGAGUAUUUACUUUUGGCAAAGGAAGGAGCGAAGGCAACAAGAGCAUGAAGUCCUUGUUGGGAGGGAAGGGAGCAAACCUAGCAGAGAUGGCAAGCAUUGGGUUAUCAGUGCCACCUGGACUUACCAUAUCAACAGAAGCAUGCCAAGAAUAUCAGCAGAAAGGGAAAAAAUUGCCAGAAGGUUUGUGGGAGGAGAUAUUGGAAGGUUUGCAGAGUGUUGAAGAAGACAUGGGAGCUAGCCUUGGUGACCCUUCUAAGCCUCUGCUCCUCUCUGUUCGCUCUGGUGCAGCGAUCUCUAUGCCUGGCAUGAUGGACACUGUCCUUAAUCUUGGAUUAAAUGAUGAAGUGGCUGCUGCUUUGAGUUCGAAAAGUGGAGAGCGUUUUGCUUAUGACUCCUACAGACGUUUUCUAGAUAUGUUUGGAGAUGUUGUAAUGGGAAUCCCACACUCAUCAUUUGAGGAGAAGUUAGAAAAGAUGAGGGAUGCAAAGGGAGUCAAACUUGAUACUGAUCUAACAGCCCAUGAUCUCAAAGAGCUAGUGGAGCAAUACAAGAAUGUCUACCUUGAAGCUACUGGUGAAGAGUUUCCUUCAGAUCCAAAGAAGCAACUGCAGUUAGCCGUUGAAGCAGUUUUUGAUUCUUGGGACAGCCCUAGGGCCAUUAAGUAUCGUAGCAUCAAUCAAAUUACUGGCUUAAAAGGAACUGCAGUAAACAUUCAAUGCAUGGUAUUCGGUAAUAUGGGGAAUACUUCAGGAACAGGUGUUCUGUUCACUAGAAAUCCAAGCACUGGUGAAAAGAAGCUAUAUGGGGAGUUUCUAAUUAAUGCUCAGGGAGAGGAUGUAGUUGCUGGAAUUAGAACACCAGAAGACUUGUGUACCAUGAAAAAUUGCAUGCCUGAAGCUUACAAGGAACUUGUGGAGAAUUGUGAAAUUCUAGAGCGCCAUUACAAAGAUAUGAUGGAUAUUGAGUUCACAGUUCAAGAAAAUAGGUUGUGGAUGUUGCAAUGCCGAUCUGGAAAGCGCACUGGUAAAGGUGCAGUAAAGAUAGCAGUGGAAAUGGUUAAUGAAGGGCUUGUUGAUAGUCACUCUGCAAUUAAGAUGGUGGAGCCGCAGCAUCUGGAUCAACUUCUUCAUCCUCAGUUUGAGGAUCCAUCUGCGUACAAGGACAAAGUAAUUGCAACAGGCUUGCCUGCUUCUCCAGGGGCAGCAGUGGGGCAGAUUGUGUUUAGUGCUGAUGAUGCCGAAGCAUGGCAUGCGCAGGGAAAAAGUGUCAUUUUGGUAAGGAUGGAAACAAGCCCAGAGGAUGUUGGCGGCAUGCAUGCGGCUACAGGAAUAUUGACAGCUAGAGGUGGUAUGACAUCUCAUGCUGCUGUUGUAGCGCGGGGUUGGGGAAAAUGUUGUGUUUCUGGCUGCUCUGAUAUUCGUGUAAAUGAUUCUGAGAAGGUUGUUGUAGUUGGGGAUAUGGUGAUUAAUGAAGGAGAAUGGAUCUCACUCAAUGGGUCUACAGGUGAAGUGAUAUUGGGAAAACAACCAUUAUCUCCUCCAGCUCUAAGCGGUGACUUAGAGACAUUUAUGUGUUGGGCUGAUGAAAUAAGACGGAUCAAGGUUAUGGCGAAUGCUGAUACUCCUGAAGAUGCGCUAACAGCAAGAAAUAAUGGUGCACAAGGAAUAGGACUUUGUAGGACAGAGCAUAUGGUAAUUAUUUCACUCAUCAUCAGGCCGAGCAAAACAAAUUCAGGUUUAAAUUUAUUUGUUUUUUCAAUGAUCUAUGGUGGGAUAUUCCAGUUCUUUGCUUCUGAUGAGAGAAUAAAGGCUGUGAGAAAGAUGAUAAUGGCAGUUACUCCAGAGCAGAGGAAGGCAGCACUAGACAUUUUACUACCUUAUCAAAGAUCAGACUUUGAGGGAAUUUUUCGUGCAAUGGAUGGCCUUCCAGUAACAAUCCGACUCUUGGACCCUCCACUUCAUGAAUUUCUUCCAGAAGGUGACCUGGAACAAAUUGUACGUGAACUAACUAUUGAGACUGGCAUGACUGAAGAUGAAGUUCUCUCAAGAAUCGAGAAAUUAUCGGAAGUAAAUCCUAUGCUUGGUUUCCGAGGCUGCAGGCUAGGGUUAUCAUACCCAGAACUCACUGAAAUGCAAGCACGAGCAAUCUUUCAGGCUGCAGUCUUAAUGAGCAACCAGGGUGUUACAGUUCUUCCUGAGAUAAUGGUUCCCCUUAUUGGAACAUCUCAGGAAUUAGGACAUCAAGUGACUUUAAUACGCAGUAUUGCAAACAAAGUGUUCUCUGAGAUGGGUGUCACAUUAAGCUAUAAGGUGGGGACUAUGAUUGAGAUUCCUAGAGCUGCUCUGGUUGCAGAUGAGAUUGCAAAGAUAGCAGAAUUCUUUUCCUUUGGAACAAAUGAUCUCACACAAAUGACAUUUGGGUAUAGUCGAGAUGAUGUUGGCAAGUUUCUCCCCAUAUACCUAUCCAAAGGCAUUUUGCAAAGUGAUCCAUUUGAGGUACUUGAUCAGAAAGGCGUAGGCCAACUAAUCAAGAUGGCAACAGAAAAGGGCCGUGCAGCUAGGCCUAGCUUAAAGGUUGGAAUAUGUGGAGAGCAUGGUGGGGAGCCUUCAUCAGUUGCAUUCUUUGCAGAGGCUGGACUAGAUUAUGUUUCAUGUUCUCCAUUCAGGGUUCCUAUUGCAAGGUUAGCAGCAGCACAAGUUGUUGUCUGAAAAAGAAUUCAGGAGGAGCAGCUCCAUCACCUUGUUACUCUCAAUUUGUGCAGUUGUAAAUAACUUACCUAGUAGCAAAUGCCUACAAUAACUUCGACCAUAGCAAUAUAAGAAUGGCAUAAGCAAAAGUUGCAAUGAACAUUAUAGAGGCGUAAAUAAGGGUUUGACUCCUUAUAGAAGGGAAAAGAAAGAUCAGGGCUUUGGAUAA